CAACCACCUUCUCCGAACGCGCAGACCUCCAUUAGAUAAACCAAACCAGAGUUCUAAUUCUUCUAUCCAUCCAACGAGACUCGAGAGCAGAGCAAAACAAAAACACCGCGCGCGCCUAGCUUCCUCCGAUGGCCGCUCCCAUCGCCGCGUCUUCUUCGUCCCCACCCAAACCUCCAAACGCCGCCAUGCUCCAGCCGGCGCCGUACCUCCCCGACUCCACGCCAGCGCCCAACUCCAGCUCCAGCUCCAGCGUCAGCUCCGCGAGCAGCAGCAGCAGCAGCACGGCUAGCGGUAGCACUCUCCCCGACGGUAGCCGCUCCUCCACCUUCUCCGUGGACGACUCUGCCGCCACGGCCACGCCAGCCUCCUCCCCGCCGCGCCCGCACCGCGCAGGCGAGGUGGCCUGGCUCCCCAUCCGGGCCGCCUCUGCCUCUGCCCCUCUGGGCCCGCGCGACUUCACCCUCGUCCGCCGCGUGGGCGCGGGCGACAUCGGCACCGUGUACCUCUGCCGGCUCGAGUCCGAGGGGAGCAACAGCAAGUCCUCCGCCUACGCCAUGAAGGUGGUGGACCGGCGCGCGCUGGCCAGGAAGGGCAAGCUGGGCCGGGCCGACGCCGAGAAGCGCGUGCUGCGGCGGCUCGACCACCCGUUCCUGCCCACCAUGUUCGCCGACUUCGACGCCGCGGGCACGAACUAUUCCUGCGUCGUCAUGGAGUUCUGCCCGGGCGGGGACCUCCACUCGCUCCGCCACCGCAUGCCCGGGCGCCGCUUCCCGCUGGCGUCCGCCAGGUUCUACGCCGCCGAGGUGCUCCUGGCGCUGGAGUACCUGCACAUGAUGGGGAUCGUGUACCGCGACCUCAAGCCGGAGAACGUGCUCAUCCGGGGCGACGGGCACAUCAUGCUCACCGACUUCGACCUCUCGCUCGAGUCCACUUCCUCGCCCGCGCUCGAUGACGACGACGACGAGGAAACCGGGAUGAUGCCGAUCCCGGCGUGCUUCCCCGAGGUGCAUCUCCGGAGGCUGAUGAAGUGGAGGCGCCGCGCCGCGCCCCCCAGGCCCAGGCCGCGCCCUCCGCGGUUCGUGGCGGAGCCGGUGGACGCGCGGUCGAGCUCGUUCGUGGGCACGCACGAGUACGUGGCGCCCGAGGUGGCCAGCGGCGGCGGGCACGGCGCGUCCGUGGACUGGUGGGCGUACGGGGUGUUCCUCUACGAGCUGCUCUACGGGCGGACCCCGUUCGUGGGGGACACCAACGAGGCCACGCUCCGCAACAUCGUGCGCCGCCCGCUCCAGUGCCCGCCGCUCCUCGUCGGCUCCCAACCGCACGCCGCGGAGGCCGCCGCCGCGCGCGACCUGAUAUCGCGGCUCCUGGACAAGGACCCGCGCACGCGCCUCGGGUCGCGGCGCGGCGCCGCGGACGUCAAGGCGCACCCGUUCUUCAGGGGCCUCAACUUCGCGCUGCUCAGGUCCUCGACCCCGCCCGUCGUGCCGCCGCCCGCCGCGCUGCACCAGCACUGCAGCACCAAGGCGGCGGCGCCCUCGCCGGACGUGCAGCAGCUGUUCGAUCAAUUCUGAGAUCAAUCAUUUUUUUUUUCUGCUGCACGUCGUCGUCAUCGUCCAGCAGUCCAGCUGAGGCAUGCGCGAAUUAACCAGCUAGUAGCGUUGAUAAUAGAAUCUUGUUGACUAAUUACCCCUCCGCUGUACAACGUACGCACUGUUAAUUAUUGAUGAUGAUUGAUUAAUUUAAAUUACCGAGCCAGCCGCCAGCUCUUUGCUAA